CCCCCUACCCCGCCACACCCUCUAACCGCAGCUCGUCCAUCGCAGACUCACGCUGUAGAGCACCCCGCCCCCAGCCCCUGGGCUGGCCCCGGAGUGACCAGCCCACGCCACGGCUCUGCUCUCCCUGCAGGCAUGCUCAGCCACCCACCGGUCCCCAUCGCGGACAUGGCCGAGCACACGGAACGCCUCAAGGCCAACGACAGCCUCAAGCUCUCCCAGGAGUAUGAGUCCAUCGAUCCAGGCCAGCAGUUCACGUGGGAGCAUUCCAACCUGGAGGUGAACAAGCCCAAGAACCGCUACGCCAACGUCAUCGCGUACGACCACUCCCGAGUCAUCCUGCAGCCCAUCGAAGGUAGCACGCCAGCCCCAGCUCCAUCCCGCCCUUCCGCGUUCUCCAGACAGCGCAGGACCCCGCACCCCAGGGCCAGCGUGCACAGGCUAGGGGACACACAGGGAAACCGGAGCCUGGUUCUGGUCUCAGGCCUGGUCUGGCUCCAGUCAGAGGCCGCUGGGAAUUUUUAGAUAUGUGUAUAAUCG